UAGGAAUGAUAGAGAUGUACAUCAUCUGACUUUUGUAGCACAUUUGUAUUUUAUAGCCCGAAACUUAACGAUUUCCUUUACCUAUAACAGGCACUCAUGUUUGCUGGAUUUCUCCCAAUCGUUUUCAAGUUAACGGGAGAGUUUGGACACUUGGUGCGAAACAACAAUACAUCAGUAGCUGUGCAACUGAAUAGUGGCACGGUGUUCCUGGCCAGCAUCUGGCUCCUGGCCAUAUGGAUCACGGCUAUGUGUAAGAAGUCCGAGCUGCUACACCCGUCUGCUCACGGCACCCACGACUGUGUUUUCAUGUUUCUAAACCUGCUCAUCUAUCCCAUUGUCAGACGGCUGUGGUACCAACGGGUAACAGACGGAGUGGAAUCGAUGAUAGGCCGGAGAAUUGUACGGAAUACGCGUAGACGAUCGUGAAAGUCUGGUAAGUAGUUAGGGGACUUCAGUCUCCACAGUGGUUCUGCAACAAUGACUACACGGACAGAAGGGAUACAAGCUAUGGUCCAAGCCAAAGACACAAGGUCAUGUGCCACUUGGUCAGGAGAUUGGUUUCGCAGACAAAUGUCGUUGUGUGCUAAGUCCAGAUAAACGAUGUGUGGAUUAGAGUGUCGCAGAAUGGGAAGAAUUGUUUGGUAGUACCUGGCGAUGGUGCAGCCAGGUACUCCAUGAAAGGAAAUGUCCACGUUUUCAAGCCAGAAUGUAGGAGAGAUGACUCGGCCAUGAGCCGUAGAACAACGCCGCCGAAUGAAAUGGUCUAGACGGCGAAUAAAGGAAUGUCCGGUAAUGGCUAUACGGGUGGUCUGUUCCAUAUGCCUUGAACAAGAAUGAAAUAAAGGAAAACGAUAAAAGUCACAGGCACGCUCACCGU